UGAACGCUCAAUGGAUUAUCCAGUCAACUUCACAGGAGGCUUCACAGACAACCCAAGAGUCCAGACAGAAAGACCAGGGUCACCUGUUCCCAGUGGUCUGUCAAUGAAGAGUGAACGCUCAAUGGAUUAUCCAAUCAACUUCAGGGGAAAGUUCACAGAUGAUCAAAGGGUCCAGACAGAAAGACCAGGGUCACCUGAUCCCAGUGGUGUGUCAAUGAAGAGUGAACGCUCAAUGGAUUAUCCAAUCAACUGCACAGGAGGCCUCACAGACAAUCCAAGGGUCCAGGUAGAAAGACCAGGGUCACCUGUUCCCAGUGGUGUGUCAAUGAAGAGUGAAUGCUCAAUGGAUUAUCCAAUCAACUUCAAAGGAGGGUUCACAGGUGAUCAAAGGAUCCAGCAGUUACUGGAGUUCAAGAGUUCAGAUAAACUGUAUUUCCCAAAACAGUCUCUCCUGCAUACUCUGGUGAAGCUGAAGAGGGAAGAAAAGCUUAAACUGUUUCAGAGCCAUCUGAGUCAGGAUUGUCCAGAAUGCAAGAGUCUGUGUGAAGAUCCUUGUGUGUUGGAUAAGUUUAAGACGAUGAUAGAAUUGUUCAAGAGUCAUGAAAUUCAUGACUACCCAGAAUGCAUUAAGAGAGGGCAGCAGGAUCCAGAAGUCUUGUACAUAGUUGAGAAGAUGCUGGAGACCUGUGGCAGUGAGAGGUCUCUCAAGAUCACACUCCACAUCCUGAAAAGCAUGAAUCAGAAGGAUCUCACUGACUCACUGGAGAGAGAUGAGCAGCACAAUGAAUCCAUAAAAAGAGCCAGGCAGGCAGUGCAAACUCAUCUGAAAAGCAAGUUUGAAUGCACAAUUAAAAGUUCAGCAAAGCAGAGCCAUCAAAUGUUGCUCAGUGAGAUCUAUACAGAGCUCUGCAUCACAGAGGGGGGAAGUGGGGGGGUCAAUAAUGAACAUGAGGUCACACAGAUUGAGACAGCAUCCAAGAGACAAACCGCACAGGAGACUACAAUCCUCUUCAGUGACAUGUUUAAGCCCUCACCUGGACAAAAGAAAAGAAUUAGAACUGUGCUUUCAAAGGGCAUCACUGGCAUUGGGAAAACUAUCUCAGUGCAGAAGUUCAUUCUAGACUGGGCAGAAGGAAAAGCCAAUCAGGACAUUGAUUUCAUCUUCCCGCUUCCUUUCCGAGAUCUGAAUUUUAAGGAGGAUAAAGAAUUAAGUCUGAUGCAACUUCUCCAGCUCUACUUUCCACAACUGAAUGAGAUCAAAAGUGUUGAAAGUGAUGAAUUCAAAGUUUUGCUUAUCUUUGAUGGUCUGGAUGAGUGUCGACUUCCUCUAGAUUUCAAAAGAAAUAAGAACUGCUAUGAUGUAACAGAGUCAUCAUCAGUGGAUGUGCUGCUGACCAACCUUAUUAAGGGGAAUCUACUUCCCUCAGCUCUCCUGUGGAUCACCUCCCGACCUGCAGCAGCCCAUCAGAUCCCUCCUGAGUGUGUGCACCAGGUGACAGAGGUACGAGGGUUCAAUGAUCCACAGAAGGAGAAGUACUUCAGGAAGCGAAUCAGAGAUCAGAAUCUGGCCAGCAGAAUGAUCUCGCACAUAAAGUCAUCCAGGAGUCUCCACAUCAUGUGUCACAUACCAAUCUUCUGUUGGAUUUCUGCUGCUGUUCUGGAGACAAUGUUGGGUAAACUAGAGAGUGAAGAUCUGCCCAAAACUCUGACUGAAAUGUACACACACUUCCUGCUCAUUCAGACUGAUGUGAAGAAUCAGAAGUAUCAUGGCUCAGAUGCAGACCCAACCCCAGAGAAAACUUUGGAGUCCAAUGCAGAAAUCAUCCUGAAACUGGGGCAGCUGGCUUUUCAACAGCUGGAAAAGGGCAAUCUGAUAUUCUAUGAAGAGGACCUACAAGAGAGUGGCAUCAAUGUCUGUGAAGCUUCAGUGUACUCUGGAGUGUGCACAGAGAUCUUUAAAGAGGAGCUUGGGUUGGGUCAAGAGAAAGUCUACUGCUUUGUGCAUCUGAGCAUUCAGGAGUAUCUGGCUGCAUUGUUUGUGUUUAAUUUGUGUGUAAAUAAGAAGGUAAAUGCACUCAGAAAAACAAAGAAGUCUAAACCUGUCAGAAUGCCGCUAAUCAAGUUAAACUGCAUGGCAGUGGAUCAGGCCUUGAAGAGUGAGAAUGGACACUUGGACCUUUUCCUCCGGUUUCUUCUUGGACUCUCUCUGGACUCCAUUCAGACUCUUUUAGGAGGACUAAUGACACAGACAGGAAGCAAACCUGAUGGAGGAAGACGCAAAACAAAAUCCGUUCAUGAUUUCAUGACUGUUUUUGGAAGACAACUUUUGGAAGACAACUCACCAAGCAGAUCAUCUGUACCAGAACCAGAGACACAGACAGAAAGCAGAUCAGAGAGCAUUACGAAAACAGCCGAGUACAUUAAGAACAAGAUCAGAGAGGAAUCUUCAGCAGAGAGGACCAUCAAUCUGUUCCACUGUCUGAAUGAACUAAAAGACAACUCUCUUGUGAAAGAAAUCCAGAAUUCCAUGAAAUCAGGAAAACUUUCUGAUAAAAAUCUGGAACCACACAUGUGUUCUGCACUGGCCUUUGUGUUACUGAUGUCAGAAGAGAUCCUGGAUGAUUUUGACUUGAAAACCUACAACACAUCAGCAGCAGGUCAUCAGAGACUAGUACCAGUAGUCAGAAACUGCAGGAAGGCAAUACUGAACAGCAGUAACCUCACAGAUAGGUCUAUGGAUAUUGUUGCCUCAGCUCUCCAGUCGUCAAACUCGCCCCUGAGAGUUCUGGACCUCAGCUACAAUAAACUGGGGGAUUCAGGAGCUCAGCUGCUCUGUGGUGGACUGAUAAGUCCGAACUGUAAACUACAGAGACUGAACCUGGGUUGGUGUAAUCUCACAGAGGGCUGCUGUGAUGCUCUGGCCACCGUCCUGCGUUCCCCUCACUCAGAGCUGAGAGAUCUGGAGCUCAGAGACAACGAGCUGCUGGAUCCAGGAGUGUUAGCACUCUCUGCUGGACUGGAGGACCCACACUGUAAACUGCAAAGACUGGGGCUGUCAGGGUGUAGAGUCACACAGAGAGGCUGUGAUUCUCUGGCUUCAGCUCUGCAUUCAAACCCCUCACACCUGAGAGAGCUGGACCUGAGAUACAAUCACCCGGGAGACUCAGGAGUGAGAGCGCUGUCUGCUGCUAAACUGGACACACUCACACUGCUUGUGGACCAUGGAGGAGAGACCAGGACCAAACCAGGACCCAGGAAAUAUGGCUGUCAGCUCACACUGGAUCCAAACACAGCAAACAGAGAGCUGUCUUUGUCCGAGGGGAACAGGAAGGUGACACAUACACCGGAGAGAGGGCCAUAUCCUGACCACCCAGAGAGAUUUGAUUAUGAGCCCCAGGUUUUGUGCAGAGAGAGUCCAAGUGAGCGCUGUUACUGGGAGGCUGAGUUCAGUCUGACUUUGUGGGCAAGGGUUGAUAUAGCAGUGACAUAUAAAGGCAUCAGCAGGAAAGGAGAGGAUUCUGGCAGUAGGUUUGGAGGGAAUGAAAACUCUUGGAGACUGAGCUGUGUUAAACGCAGUUUCUCUGAUAAUCUCAGUUGUGUUAUCAGACACAAUAAUAACAGCAAACGCAUACCUUCCCCCUCACCCUACCCCAGAGUAGGACGGUUAUUUGGUAGAAGAGAUUACAGGGUUGGAGUGUGUGUGGACCGUCCAAGCGGAACUCUGUCCUUCUACAGCGUCUCUGACUCUGACACACUGACCCUCUUGCACACAAUCCACACACACUUCACUGAACACACACCCCUCUAUGCUGGAUUUGGAGUGUGUGAUUCCUCAGUGUCCCUCUGCCAACUGUAGAAGACACACACACAAUUGCUCUCUCUCAUACCCACCCAUAUACUUGCAUGUGCACCCAAUGCUUUCUUACUGAAACCAAUAGACAAUCAUGCCGAAAACGUAACAACAUUUAUACCACUGCAAUUGUAUUCAAUAUUAACCUCAGUACAGCUUAAACCCUGUGCAUAAGAACAUAAGGUUCAGGUUAAACACUUUCCUACCAGCUAAUUAAAAUUUUUGUUUUGUUUUUACAUUUUAAUGGAAUUAUUCUGUAAAUAAUUUGGUUCUAUUGUUGAGGUUCAUGUCCCCUACGUUUUCUUUAGUACACAUGUAAUCGCUUUUUAUUGCUUUUAAUCUUAUCUUUUUGUAGUGAGGUGAUUGUAUUACCGAUCACGCAGAUGGCCA